GAAGAUGCGUAAUAAUUAUUGUUAUUGGAUUAAAAAAAGGAAGACAAGAAGUGCAAGCGAAAGUGAAGAGUGGAAUUUGAAUUCCGCCAGGUCGGCGCCAAUAAUUCGAAGAAAAAGAAAAGGAAGAAGUUGAUUGAAAUUGGGCAUUCUGGAGAAUGGAAGAAGAGAAGAAGAGAUGGAGCGUGACUUACACCAAGCACAUCAAACAGAAGCGGAAAGUUUAUCAAGACGGUUUCCUAGAUCUUCACAUUUCAACCAGCAAGCUGAUGCUUUACGAUGACUCCGAGAAGCUUCUGGAGUGCAGGAUGCUGAGAAAAGAUGAAGUUGUUAGCCCUGCCCAAACACUCUCUUUCUCUGCCUAUCAUGUGGACGUUGGCCUCCUCCACGGAUCUCAUUUUAGUUCUGAUGCUGGAAUAAAUAGCAACAAAGCAAGGCCAAUCGAUCUCAGCCCAUCGCAAAAAAUAAUCAGAGAGUUCAAGAAGACUGAACUACGGAAAUAUGGAGCUCCACAAACUAGUCCAACUACAAUGAAAACUAGUGUGACAGAAUGGCAGGUCCUGUACACUACACAGCUAACUCAAAAAUCAAAGAGGUAUCAUGAUGGUUUCUUACGAGUCUCAGUUUGUGGAUCUCUUGGGAGGCAGGUCGUGUUGUUUGAUGAACACAGAAAACUCUUAGAAAGCAGCUUUCUCAAGAGAGAUGUAGUAAUAAGAUCUGGAGAAUCAAUACCUUUAGAUGCUCAUUUGGUUGAGAUUUGUGAAUGCAAAGGAAAUGAUAGCAGUAAUGAUGCGAAACUAGGAAUAAGGCAUGAGCAGAAGCAACAAUCUGAAAGUGAUGGAGCUUUUGGAAAAGAAUGGCAGGUCAUGUACACUACACAAGUUACUCAAAAAGCCAAGAAGUACCAUGAUGGUUUCUUACAACUCACAAAUUCUGGAACCCUGCAGAGGCAGAUUAUGUUAUAUGAUGGAAGCAAGAAACUAAUAAGUAGCAGAUUCCUCAAGAAAGACGAAGUAAUACAAUCCGGUGAAUCAAUAGCAUUUGAUGCUCAUUUGGUUGAGAUUGGAGAACCUGAAGGAAACUAUCAAGGCCUUAUGGACUCAGAUGUCCGUGUAAGCAAUUCCAAUAUUGCUGGAAAAACAGGGCUGAUGCACAGAGUGCAGAAUUGUCUUAAAACCAAUAAAUCCUUUUUGAAAGGACAACCUCAAAAAAGUGCUUGUGCAAGGGGAUAUGCAGAUCCAAGUUAUAGCAGCUCAAACAUUGAUGAGACAAAAUUAAGUGAGAAUGUAUCUGCAAACAAGCCUUUACGUGAUGCUAUUCAAAUCCUGUCCAUCCUCCAAAAACCUAUUAUGCAAGACAGCAUUGCCACGGUGUCUAUGGAUAGGAACAUCAUGAAUCCAGUUCCUAAGGAGCCUCAGAGUUCAGAUUCUACUAGAAAUAUUCCUGAAUGUAGUCAACCACAAAGGGUACCAAUAGCAAAUCAUGGAUCAAGUGAAAAACUGGAUAAGAGGGAGUCAACUGAAUGCAUAAACAUCCAAAAGUUCCCUCAUCUCUAUCCCAAAGCAAAAUCCAGUUGUAGUGGCAGUAAAUCCCCCAAGAACAGUGAAGUUGGAAACACACAUGAGACUGACUCAGACAAUUUGGAAUCAGCUGUUGGUUGCUCAAGUCCAAUUAUCCAUACUUGUCAGGAGACAGUUGAUAUAACGAAGAAUUCUGUUGAAGUCAAGAUUUCAAGGGAAGCAGGUUCAAUUUCAGCACUUUCAGUUUGAGUUGCAAGAUUCUUAGCAGUGUAUCUUUUUGGUUAGGACUUUGAGCUGUUGGAGUGCUUUCGGAUGCAGGACCAUAUGGUGUUUUUCUUUUCUCUUUCAUAAUAGUGGCCAGGCUUUGUAGUUGUUUUUCAAUUUUCAAAAUCCUGAUUGACUAAUCAUUUAGCUUACCAUCUAUCCUCAUUAAUAAAUUGAAGAUCAUUUUAUCAAAAAUUGGAAGGGAGGCUAUCUUGGUUUGAUCAGAGGGAGGAUUCUCUUCUUGGGGUUUUUUUUGGAAU